GAACGGGAUCCGCCCGCGUCGCUUUUCAAGAUGGCGCGUAACAGCGAAAAAGCUCAGUCGAUGCUCUUCCGGUUCCGGGCCCAACAGGCCGCGGACCUCGGAAUCAUCGACAUCGGCCGCACCCGCCGGCCCAAGGCGAUCACCUCGGUCGACUCGAUCCCCAUGUGCGAGAAAUGGCGCGGGCAGGUGCUCAAGGAGAUCUCGCGGAAGGUGUCGCGCAUUCAGGAGCCCAGCCUGAGCGACUACCAGAUCCGCGACCUGAACGACGAGAUCAACAAGCUGAUGCGGGAGAAGUGGACGUGGGAGAUGCAGAUCCGCAACCUGGGCGGGCCCAACUACAUGCGGGGGUCCGGCCGCGUGUUCGACGACGACGGUCGCGAGAUCCCCGGCGGCGGCAAAGGGUACCGGUACUUCGGACGGGCCAGGGAGCUGCCCGGCGUGAAGGAGAUGUUCGAGGCUGCGGCCCGCCGCGGUCGGCCCGCCGAGGAGGACGAUGCGGAGACCGUCAAGGGGGGUCGGGGCGGGGACAUCGCGACGAAGAAGGUCGAUGCAAAUUAUUUCGGGUACGGGCUGGAUGAGGAGGAUGGAUCGCUGCUGGCGUAUGAGAGGCAGAAGGAGAAGGAGGCCGUGGAGCGCCUGCGCAAGAAGGGUGACGAUGGUGACGAUGGUUGGGAGCCGCUGCCGGGCGAUGCUGGGGACGGGGUCGAGUGGAGGCUGCCCAGUCUGGAGGAGGUGCAGGAGGAGCUGGUCGACCGGAGAAGGAGACGGCUGCUGGAUAAGAUCUCCUGAGGGGAUGGGGGUUGGGAUUUGGAAUCUGUGUGCUCUGGAGUUUGUGGCUUAUAUUUUCUGUUCAUUUCUGAUGGCAUCUUGGGUCUUCUCGGGGUGUUUCUCUUUUACUGUCAUAUUUUGUUUCUAUGGCGUUCUGGUUCCUUUUUCACCCAUAUGCUGUGCUCUCUCGCCGCUACUUACCUAUCCUUGCUUGACUUUUGUUAUUUUCAUACGCGGUGCUGCCCUCCCCCCGCUGGCAGGUUUACGAUGCAUCCUAAGGGAGGCAAAAGCAUAUUGAUGAUACCAACAUGAUUCGUUCUUUUGUACAACAGGUGGUUGCGAGCUAUAUUAGUCUAUGUGCAAGAUGUGAUUAUU